AUGAACUUCACCCUGACACUGGCUGUACUCUGCACCCUCAGUUGGAUCCGUGUGUCUGUUUCUGAGUUCUUCACUGUGGAGGUUCAUCCUGGUGAAGAAGUCACGCUAAGAUGUUUCAACUUUAGUAUUGAUCCCAUUCAUAUUUUUUGGUUCAAACUGGACAACAAACUCAAAAUUAGCAAAAUCUCAUCUAUGCCAGGUUCUGAGGGAAAUUCUACUUUAUAUGAUGGAUUUAAAGAUGGCAGAUUUAAUAUGACAUCCAACAUCACAAUAAUCUUUCUAAACAUCAAAUUAGUGGAUUUCAACGAUUCUGGAUUGUAUUUCUGUGGAUUUAACCAAAACAACCACAUACUAAUCUAUAGUGCAACAUCGUUACAGGUUGACGGUAAGACUGCCAAUGACUUCUGUGUUAAUUCAGACACAUCUACAAGAGAAACAUCACUGCCGAGUUGGAUUCUGGGAGGUGUAAUCCUCGUCCUCGUAGUGAUCAUCGUCUUUCUGGUUGUCAAAAUCCACUCAUUAAAAACUGCUCCAGAUGAGGAACAGAAUCCACAUCACAGUCAAGAGUUGGAUGUUAACUAUGCAAGACUGAGCUUCCGUCCCAAAGCAAGAAAAAGCCAAAAUCUUCCACCAGAGAGAGAGACGGAGCCUAAUGUCGUGUAUGCUGCCACAAGAUGAUGAAAGCUGCUCAGAGAGAAGAUGAUGUCUGAUGGAGUUCAUAUACUUGUUUGCUUUUGGACUGAUGGAGAAAUG